AGAACAGCAUUGAGAGUAUUGAGUUGCAACGGAGAGUGCAUUUAGAAACGAUCGUUGGUUCGAGCGCGGCCAUGCGAUUACAGUUCGAUGGACGAAAAUCCGAGAGGAAAUCGUUGUCCCUUCGCAAUUCGAUGCUGAGCGGAAUCGGUCUUGAAGAUUUGACGUUUGAAUUGCUGACCGCGGAGCAAACAGGAUAUAACGGGAUGUGGGAUGGUAGACUGGAGCCUUUCACUUUCGGGCAACGCAAGUUUCUUUCGGCGAUCUCGUGCGAUGACGAGACCGGAAAGCUCUUCCUUAUCGUGCCUUGUGUUUUCAGGGCAAAUAUGAAUGCUGCGUGGCAAUAUUUACGUAAAUUAUGUAAUCGAGAAGAUACCAAUUAAAUUCUAUGAAGAUAUUCGUUUGC